AACAGCUGAAAAAAUCAAAGUGGCUGUGAGUAGAAAACAAAAACGCAGACAUAAACUGUUGAUUAUUUGAUAGUUUGUGACAAGCCGCAAAUUUAUCCACUUGUGGUCAUUUGUCACAGAGUGAAAAUCAAAUCGAAAAAAUGGCAAAAAACAGUAACAUGUUUCCUCGUCCUGUACCAGCUCAUGCAAAUCACUGGGCGAUACCCAACGGAGGACACGUCUACCAAUGGAAUGCAACUCAUGCAACAGAGAACGUCAUGGUCAACAAGAAGCCAGUCUUUUGUAAGGUAGUGAUGGUUCCAAUCAGUAGCUUGAACAAGAAGAAAGUCAAUCAAUAGUAAAUUAUUUGCUUGAAACAAUAAACAUGCGUCAACUUUGAAAUGUGUGUAAUGGGUUGUCUAUGUUAAAAUUAGAAAAUGACUCAUUUUCCACGCUGAAUCAUAAAUUUUUGCUGGAAUGAACCUAAAAUAUUGCAAGAUAUGUAAAUUUAAAUAAUUAUCAUAUUUUUGUUUUGUAUAAAUACUGCUGUGUUGAAUGUUUGAAAUUAGUACAAAAUAAACGGUGAAAACAUUCAGUUUUAGUAAUAUUGAUUCAAAAUGAUGCGUUUUGUGAUAUUUUUCUUGGUAGCUGUUGCAAUUGUUCAAAUAAUCGCGUUGCCUGUUCUUGAAAAUCAUUCUGGCGAUGCAAAUCAUAAUAUAAACAAAAGGCAAAGUGAUUGGUAUUACAAUCAAAAUAGUGCUUCUGGUGGUAAUAAUGGUCGACAAGGCGGAGGACAACAAUAUUUCAGACCUCAAACAGGAAACAAUCAAAAUAACGCCCAAACUCAAACGCAGUCAGAUGGUGGUAGACCACAAAGGCCUGGAGGUUCCGGGAAUUCAGGAAAUAAUGGGCGCCCGCAAAACGAUCAAACCUGGAAUGGUCCAGGACAUUUUGGUGGCUCCGGUGGAUGGGGAGGUUCAGGAGGCGCUGGAAACACUGGAGGAUCUGGUGGUGCGGGUGGGUCGGGCGGCUCUGGCGGAUCUGGAAAUCCUGGCGCUCCAGGAGGAUCAGGAAACCCUGGAUAUCCGGGAGGUGCUGGAGGAUCUGGGGGUUCUGGAGGAUCUGGUGGUGCGGGUGGCUGGGGUGGUUCAGGCGGAUCUGGAAAUCCUGGAGCUCCAGGUGGAUCAGGAAACUCUGGAUAUCCGGGAGGUGCAGGCGGAUCUGGGUCCUCUUGGGAUUCAGGAGCACCAGGAGGUGGCGGUGCAGGCGGCAAUGAAAAUUCUGGAGGUGCUGCAGGACCUGGAAAUUCCGGUAAUUCAGGGGGUCCUGGUGGCUCCGGGGGCGCUGGUGGAUGGGGAGGACCUGGAGGUUCAGGUGGAUCUGGUGGAGCAGGUGGACCUGGUGGUCGGGGAAAUUCAAGAGGUCGUGGAAGCUGGGGACGAUAAAACCCUAAUUGAAUUUAGUACUUAUUGACGUUGUAUACUCAUAUUAUAUUACUUUGUUUUGUUUGUGAUUAAAAAAACGCAGCAUUCUAAAA